GCCACUGCUUGGCUCCGAGCGGGGAAGUGUGUAUCCUAGGCAGCGGCGCCUGGUAGCAUCCUCAGCCCGGGAGAGGACCCGGGCCCAGCCCAGACGGGGGAGCGGCAGCCUGGGAGAGGGGCUAGGCGGGAAGGGGCAGGUGCGGAGAAGGCCGCGAGGAGCCGUCAGCCGGCGAGGGGCAGGUGCUAAGAAGAGCCGGGCGCCCCAUGCCUUGGAGCAGCUUCCUUGGGUCAGAGGCUGCUGGGUGUGAGAACGGAGCCCAGCCCGAGGAUUUCUGAAGAGGCGCCCAUAUGGAUUAUUAGUUCAUCUCUGGGUUCAGGGGAGGAGCCCGUGGACUGCCUGGGAUUUAAUAAGAUUUUGGAGUGGAUAAGGAGGGUCUCCUCGUAGUCUAAAUCCAUAGGGAGUUUGCAGCUAGCGACAAGCUACAUUUCAGGCCACGUGUACUGCUGCUGGAGAAGAGAGGCUGUGACCCCCACCCUCCCAAAAAGAGAUCUAGGCACACAAAAAAAACCCCACCUAUCCUGGCAAUUUGACCCUCUUCAACAUCAGUCGGCAGUAGCUCAGGCCAAAGAUGGAGGCUGUUUUUAGAAUUUAAAUAAUUUGACCUGCUGUAAAACUGAUUUUUUAAAAGAGAAGAUUCAUAUUGAAUUCCCACUAUUUUUGGCGUAUCCUUGUCUCUGGGCUGCCAUGCUCCAAUAAAGCUGCAGUUGCUACCUUUGCAGGGCUUUGUGAGAGAUUUUUGCUUCUCCUUUGCCACCUAUGUAUUCCUGAGAGAAUAUUUGUAUUUUUAUAAUUUUUAUACUUUGUACAAAAUCCCUUUUUCGGAUCACUUUAAUCACACUACAGGUGUUACAGGGAGCCACCAGCGAGAGUUACUUACCCUUAUCAUAAUGUGGACUUUUCUGGGCAUCGCUUCCUUCAUCUACGUGUAUAAGAAAUGUGGAGACUUGAUGAUUUAUUUCAACAAAGAGGUGCUGCUGACCAUGUUGAUGUUUUUUUCUCUUGGUUUGCUGCUGUCCUAUCGGUAUCGUUCAGGGUGGUUAAAACAACAGCAGCAGCAGGGGCAGCUGAAACAGUCCCACUUUGGGAUGCUCUGUAGUGUUCUCUCAGCUUUACCACUCGUCGGGUUUUUCUGGCCCAAAUCCACCCCUGGAUCUUCACAAGCAGAACAAGCCAAAUCCAGAAAGGGUAAAAGACAGGUAAACUCAAAUGCAACUGUGACAGAGACUGCUUCAAAUACAUCAUCAGCUCCUCAGUAUGAUCCAGAAAUUAUCAUCGUGGGUUCAGGUGUACUGGGUUCUGCUUUGGCUGCAGUGCUGUCAAGGGAUGGAAGAAAGGUGACAGUAGUUGAGAGGGAUCUGAAGGAACCUGACAGGAUAGUUGGAGAAUUGUUACAACCUGGGGGAUAUAAUGCUCUUAAAGACCUGGGUCUUGAAGAUUCAGUGGAAGGUCUUGAUGCUCACGUAGUAAAUGGUUAUGUAAUUCAUGAUCUAGAGAGCAAGUCAGAAGUUGAAAUACCUUAUCCAAACUCUGCAGAUGGUCUGGUGCAGAGUGGAAGAGCAUUUCAUCAUGGACGUUUCAUCAUGGGUCUCCGAAGGACAGCCAUGGCAGAAUCCAACACAAAAUUCAUUGAAGGGACUGUGUUACAACUGCUUGAGGAAGAUGACUGUGUAGUGGGUGUUCAAUACAAGGAUAAAGAAACUGGGGAUAUUAAGGAACUCCAUGCACCUCUAACUGUUGUUGCUGAUGGACUUUUCUCCAAGUUCAGGAAACAUCUGGUGCCCAACAAAGCUACUGUCUCAUCUCAUUUUGUUGGCUGUAUUUUGAAAAACUCACCACAGUUUAAAGCCAAUCAUGCUGAACUUGUUUUAGCUAACCCUAGUCCAGUCCUUAUAUAUCAGAUUUCCUCAACUGAGACUCGAGUACUUGUUGAUAUUCGAGGUGAAAUGCCAAAAAAUAUCAAAGAAUAUAUGAUUGAGAAAAUUUAUCCACAACUUCCUGAGCACCUAAAGGAACCAUUUCUAACAGCAGUUCGAAAUGAUCGUUUGAGGACCAUGCCAGCAAGUUUCCUACCUCCAUCACCUGUUAAUAAACAAGGCGUUCUUCUUUUGGGAGAUGCAUAUAAUAUGAGGCACCCUUUGACAGGUGGAGGAAUGAGUGUUGUUUUGAAUGAUAUUAAAAUAUGGAGAAACUUGCUUCAAGAUAUUCCAGAUCUUUAUGAGGAUUCUGCUAUUCUUCAGGCAAAAAAGACAUUUUAUUGGUCAAGAAAAAAGUCUCAUUCUUUUGUAGUGAAUGUUCUUGCUCAGGCCCUUUAUGAAUUGUUUGCUGCCAGAGAUGAUUCCUUGCAUCAGCUACGGCAAGCAUGUUUCCAUUACUUCAAACUUGGGGGAGAGUGUGUCUCGGGUCCAGUUGGAUUGCUUUCUGUCUUAUCUCCUAAACCAAUGGUAUUGAUUGGCCACUUCUUUGCUGUUGCGCUGUAUGCUGUUUAUUUCUGCUUUAAAUCUGAGUCCUGGAUCACCAAGCCACGAGCGUUUUUCAGUAGUGGUGCUGUACUUUACCGGGCUUGCUCUGUAAUUUUUCCACUUAUUUGCUCUGAAAUGAAGUAUAUAGUGUAUUAAAUAUUAGAGGAAAAUGAAUGGAGGAAGAAUAUGUGAAACUCACCGAGCCUUUAAAGUCUUCUGGACAAGAACUGUUCAAUAUUGUAUUAUGUUCACAUCUGUUUAAAGGGAAACACUCAAUUCAGGAUUUUUGUGGGUAUACGUACCUAUGUAAAUAUUAUGUUAAUUUACGAUGUACGUUUAAAAAUUAUUGAACUGUUUACAAGGACCAUAAUUAACUGUUGGUAUAUGGUAGAAAAGUGCCAGUUCUGGCAGAGGGCGGUUUCCUCACUUUAUCCAUUGCAUAGAAUGCACUAUUACUGUUGAUGAUGUUAAUAAAAUGAAGAGUGAACAGUUUAAGUCA